GUUGGACCGAAGUUUUGCCCCUGAUUUUGUGUUCACAUGAUGAGAACUUUGCGUAUUUGAAUAGAAAAGAUGAUAAUGCUACAGCAGUAAAAUUAUCCAAUCCCAAAACCUUGGAAUAUCAAGUUGUUCGUACUUCACUUUUGCCAGGAAUUUUAAAAACUGUGAGGGAAAAUAAAAAACAUGCAUUGCCUAUUAAAGUUUUUGAAGUGUCUGAUGUAGCCUUUAAGGAUGAUUCAUUGGAGAGAAAAGCAAGGAACGAAAGGCACGUUUGUGCUAUUUAUUGCGCAAAAGUUUCAGGGUUUGAGUUCAUUCAUGGACUUGUUAACCGUCUUAUGGACAUGCUUCAUGUUAAACUUGUUCCCGCUAGCGGGGAAGAUGUUGGAUAUUAUAUUAAAGAAUCAGAAGUAGAUCCAACAUAUUUUCCUAAUAGAUGUGCGGAUAUUUUCCUUCGUAAACCUUCCAAAUCAUCUAAUUCAUCAACAGUAACAAGUAAAAUUGGUAACUUUGGUAUACUUCAUCCUAAUGUAUUAGAGCAUUUUGAACUAGUUUAUCCUUGUUCAGCUGUGGAAUUUAAUUUAGAAUCAUUGCAAUAA